UGCAAAGUCAAUGGGUAACUUUUGGCAUCUAAACAAAUCGUCCAGCGGCUAUAAAAACACCGGGUGAUGUACGGAACGUCGUUAAUUUGAAAACUGCAAAUUGAAUACUUAAAUUAAGUCUGAUCGCUUUGAUCUGGUUUUUCUGUCUGAGAUACAACAGUUGAUACUCCGUCGUAACCUUUCUUUACCAUGGACCGGCAAUCGCGUGACGGUGGUGAACCAGCGGCUUUCCGUGGCGGUGCGUACGACAUGGAUCUUGGCCGCGCUAUUAACGACGUAGCGAACAUUAAUGCGGAGACGUGCGAUGCCGAGCAAGCUCAGUCCGAAUACUAUCCCGACAAGAACAACUCCAUGGAACGCGCUCUGGGCCGCCAACCGGAAGGACUCCAGGACUUCCAAAACCAGCAACAGAACCGUCGACGCAGCGAAACGGAAUAAGGCUUGUCGGCACCAGUUCACGUCAAAGGACAAUUUACUUUUAAAGUGACCUUAAUGUGACACCGUUCACGAAUGUCAAUAAACACCCCUGCGGUUGUACAUAUCUUUCCGAAAGUGUGAUAUGUACAAAAUAUGUUCGAUAUUAUUGUAAUUGUUGUAAUUUUAUACGUCACUUAAACUGCAUUAAUUUUGUGCGAUUUGCGCAUCGGAAAUGGCUGUAAUAAAGGAAACAAUAUUG